AUGGGUCAUGGUGGUGCUUACCAUUAUCAGGGUGACGCCACUCCUUAUGCUUCAUCCCAGUAUCAGUAUUCCCAGGAUCCUUAUUAUCAAAGUGGGUAUCCUCAGUAUUUUGUAGGCUAUAAGCUGUAUCUUUCCAUUCCAGAUGCUCAGAAUCAUCUGAACUUGAUCAUGGGUACGUUAAACAUUCUUGGUCACUUUGCUAGAGUUUUAAUUGAUUGUGGUGCUACGCAUUAUGUCAUUUCUCAUACGUUUGCUCAAGUGACGCAACCUCAUCCUACACGUCUAGGGUAUGAUUUAGAGUUUGCUAUGCCUAAAAGGGAGAGGUGUUAUGUUGAUUGUGUUUAUCCAAGAUGUCCAGUGAUGGUAGAGGAUAUAGUUAUGCCAGCUAACCUUAUCUCAUUAGAUAUUGUUGAUUUUGAUGUGAUUUUGGGCACAUAUUGGUUGCAUUAUAAUCAAGCCAAUAUAGAUUGCUAUGGGAAAACAGUUACUUUCCAUCGUCCUGGAUUACCUGAGGUUACUUUUGUGGGUGAGCAAAGUAGGGUAAGGCAUGGUGUUAUUUCUGCCAUAAGAGCUAAAAAGUUGUUAGAGAAAGGUUGUCAAGGAUAUUUGGCUCAUGUGGUGCUGAAUGAUAAUGUUCCUAACAGUGUAGAGGAUGUGCGAGUAGUCAGGCAUUUUUCUUAUGUAUUCCCUGAUGAUUUACCUGGAUUGCCGCCAGACCGAGAUGUGGAGUUCAUUAUUGAUUUUCUUCCAGGUACAGACCCUAUAUCUUUAACUCCUUAUUGA